AUGAACAAUAAUAAAAUGGGAUGUAGCAAAAAAGAUGGUGUCAAGGGUAACCAAAAGGAAACCCAAUUAUACAAACUAGACGAUGAUAUUAUCGAAAUAAUUAUUUUUAAUAUUUUAUCACUAAUAAUUGUAAAUGAUGAACUAGAUAAGAAGAAUUUCAAAAAUAAAAUAAUAGACUCUAUUAUUAUUAAUAAUAUAAAUUUUAUUUUAAAUAAUUUUUAUAUGUUUUCUUUUAAUAAUAUACAAAAAUUAUUAUUUAUAAUUGACAUGAUAUUGAACAAUGAAGUUAUUUAUUAUAAGUUUAACAAAAUAAUCGAUAUAAGUACCUUAGAAUGGAAUAACUUUUCUAUUACUACCAAAAACAGUAGCAUUGGAAAUAGUGGUGAUACAAAUUUAAUAAACCGAGAAAGAAGUAAUAUUGCAACAAACAAGAGUAACAUGUCUAAUAAUAUUAGCAGUCAUAAAAAUGAAAAAAAGAAUGAAUAUAAAAAGAAAAAAUACAUAACUGGAAAACAAUAUACAUAUAUUACAGACAGCUAUAAUAUAAACAAUAUAAACAAUUAUAUUGACGAUAUUUUUAUUUAUAUAGAAGAAAAAAAUACUUAUUUAAGUAUAUUUCACUUAAAUUAUAUAUUUAAAGAUAAUAAAGAAUAUGAGAAUUAUUUUAAAAAAAUAUAUGAAAAUUAUUUAUCCUUUGGAAAAUAUUAUCAUAAUAUUACCAAAUUGUGUAAAAAGAAAUAUCAAGAAAACACGCCUUUAUACAUAAAAAAAAGUAAAUAUAUUGAAUUAUAUAAAUCUUUGAUAAAAUAUCAUAUUUCAAAUUAUAAUUUAAUAGAUAAAAAUGAUAAAGAUUAUGAACAAAUUAUAUCUACAUUAUAUGAAAAGGAGUAUAGUUCUUCAUCAGAAUGUUAUGAUGAUUUUGAUGAGGUACAUAAAAAAAGCACUUGUAAAAAUAGUAUGAAAUAUACAAAAUGUGUCAAUUGUGGUUAUACUAUUAAAUCUUCUAGUAAUACACAUAGUUGUAAUAAAACAAAUUAUGAAACAACUAAUUGUAUAGACGAAAAAUACAUUGUAUAUAAUAUAAUGAAUGAAGAAAAAAUUAAAAAAUUAUAUAAAUACAAAACAAAAAAAUACAAACUAAUGAUAAAUAAUAAUUUUAUAAACAAACAAUCUUAUAUUUCUAUAAAUAUUUUCCCAUGUAAUGACAUACAUAUAUAUAAUAUAAAAUUUCAAACAUUAUCAACAAAUGUAUUUAUAAAAUCGCAUUUAUUAAUACUAUAUACAAAUAUGAUAUUAUUUUUUAACUUAUUAAACUCUUGUUUAUAUUUGUGGGUAUAUAAAUUCAUAUCAUUUCUUAUAAAUAUAUUAAACAAUUUUAAUAAUACGUUAUAUAUAUAUUUAGACAAUAGCAAAAUUCUUUCUCAGUAUAAUAAUAAUUCACAUUUAAAACUUGAUAAAAAAAAUAUGUACGCCAAAUAUAUAACUUCUAUUAACAAUUUAGAAAAUAUAAAAACGGACUCUUUAAAAAAAAUUGUUCAAAAAUACUCAAAGGAAGACAAUAAAAUAAACUUUAAUUUUCCUUCCGAUAAUUAUGGAUAUAUACAAAUUUAUGAUAAGGACAAAAAAGGAAACACCAAAAAAUUUGUUUUUCAUCAUUUUGUUCAAAUGCAAAUUUUUAAAUAUUACGCUAUCUUGUGCCUAAUAGAGAUCGAAAACUUUUAUCAAGGAAUAUUAUCAUGCUUGCUUGGAGAUGUGUACAAUAAAACGAUUGGAAAAAUAGGCAAGUUUAGCAUAAAAGAUAAUUAUUAUGAUACAUUUUUUAUUAGAAAUAAGCAUGAAAAGACAACAAAUGAAUCAAAUUUUACAAACAAUAAUAUCGAUUUAUAUUUAUUAAUUAUUGAAACGAAAAAUAUAAUGUAUAAUAAUAAUAUAAAAAGCGAAGACCAAAUUGUGAAUGUAUUAACACAUUUGUAUUUCUUAAUAUUAUUUAAUUAUAUUAAUAUUUUAGUGCAAUAUUCAGUUAUAGAUAAUAUGUUUAUACAAAAUGAAAACAACUUUAAAGCUAUGAAUAAUAUAAAUGAAGCAAUUAGCGAUAAUAAUGAUAAUAAUUUUGUUAAAGAUAAAUACGAAAGUAACAAAAAAGAGAAAAAUGAUGUAUACAUAUGUAAUAACAAUGAGUUAUGCCAAAUAAAAAACAAAAUUAUCGAGUUAAUAGAUAAAAAAAAUGUAAAACUUGAACUUUUAGAGUUUCGUAAAAGUGAAUAUAUAAUAGAAAAACCGAGUGAAAAAAUGAGUUUUAAUGGUAGCUUAAUUACAUUACCAUUUUAUACAAAUUUUAAUUUAUUAAAUUAUGAUUUUGAUUAUAAAAAUUGUUUGGAUCCUUCCUCUAACAACCCAAAUGGUGUUCGAAAUUGUGUGCAUAUACAAUCCAAUGAAAUACAAAAUAAAAAUGCAGAUAUUCAAAUUUGUCAGAAAGACAAAAAGAAAGAAGAAACUAUUAUUUCCAAUUCUAUUAAUUCCUUAUCUCCAAUAUUUAUUGACUUAGUGAAGGAAAAAAUUCAAAAUAUUUUUAACCAUAAUUUUGAUUUGAUAUUUCAUUAUAAUAUCUAUCUUCCUUUUUAUAUCAAUACUUUUGGUGACAUACUAAAAAAAUACAAUUACUUUUUAUUUGAAAAUAAUAGCUAUUACUUUUGUCUAGGUUUAUCUUAUUUAUAUAUUUCAUAUGACCAAAUUAGCACAGAAAUAAUUAAUGAAAUGUGUAAAAAGGUAUUAUUAGUAAUUAAAAAUAAUUAUUAUACAGACAUUAGUAAAAUAAUUAUAAUAAAUGUUUUUAUAUCUUUUUUAAACAAAAAGGAUGUUUUAAAUUUUUGUGAACAAAAUAUUAAUUCGUACUUUCCUACACUAUAUGAUAGUAAAGAUUUAAUUAUUACAAAAUAUAAUUUCCUUUUAAAAUUAAUACGAAAAAAAAAUAUUUCAUUAAAUUUGUUGGAUAUAUAUAUCCAUUUAUGUACCCAUAAAAAUAGUGAAGCAAUCAAAGCAUCAUCACAACAAUUAACCUUACUAACUGAAAAUAUUAAAUUUUGCAAUGAUUUAUUAUCUAUAAUUAACCCUCAAACAAAUUCAUGUGAUAAUGAAGGAUUAAUUUCCAUGAACACAGAAAGUGACGAUUCUUAUAGCCAUAGCAUUACUGAUUUCCCCAUAUUUUCUUUAUCCAAUUUUGAUACAAAAAAUUGUAGUAAGCUUGAAAAAUACACAUUGAAUAUGAAGGUAAAAAAUAAUUCUAAACAUAAAUAUGGUAAAGAAAAUACAAAAAUUGAAACCAAUUUUGAUGAAAGAUGGAAUGGGAGUUUUUCUUAUUAUUCAUAUGAUAUUGAAAGUGGGGAUAUGUCUAAUUUUACAGGGAUAAAAAGAAAAGUACCAAAAAAAAAUAAAAGAACAAAUUUUAGCAACAUAUUUGGAAGCUACACCAAAAUUAAUGAAAAUAAUAUUUCUGAUAUAUCACAAAAUGAAAAAAAUGUGAAUAUGAAAAAAAAAUACUUUUUAAUAUUUUCUUAUUAUAUUGUGAAACACUAUAAAAGAAAUACAAUUGUAAUGAAUAUGUUAAAAAGCCUAGUACUUAACAUUUUAUUAUUUAAUCCAGAUGAAAUAAAUCUAUUAUUUUUUAUCUUAUAUUAUUUAUAUAAAAAAAAAGACAUUGAAUUAUUUAGCUUUAUGGAAAAUGUUAUAUUAAAUUGUUUAUCCCAUUUAUUUAAUAAAAAAUAUAAGAUAAUCGAAUUUUCUGUAUUUUUAUAUUAUCUUGUAAAAAUUAAACAUUCAAAUACAAUUCAUAUACUUAAUAUGCUAUCAGAUGUUUUGAAAAAAUACAAAUUCCCUAUUAAGGUAUAUAUUAUUAUAAUUAAAAUUAUCAAGGUUAUUUUGCAAUAUCAUAAUAUUAAUUAUAAUUAUAAAUAUUUGUUAUCAAUUUUAGAAAUAAUUCAAAACAUACAAAAUAAUCCCUAUUUAUAUCGAGUUAGUACAUAUUAUAUUAAUGUUAUAGAAAAUAAAAUAGCUUUUUUGGAAUGUGAUUAUUUUAAAAUUCAAAAAAAUACUUUGACAAAUUUAACCCUAAAAUAUGAUAUAAACAAAAAAAAUAUUAUACCUGAAAAAUAUGCAAAGACAUAUAUACUAUCAGGAUAUAUAAAAUUAAUUCAUUAUAAACAUGACAGAAAAAACAUACUUAACCUGUGUGAUAACGGGUCUACUAUUUUUUAUUCUCAACAAAAUGCACCAAAUAUUAUUAAUAACAAUAAAAUAAAUAGUGAUAUAAUUUCCUUAGAAAAAUACUAUAAUUGUAAUGAUUUUAAUUCCGAACCUUUCUAUAGAAUAUACAAAGAUAAGGAAUAUAAUUUGGAGCAAUACAUAAACUAUAUUAUGAAAAAUGAUCAUUAUAUUUAUUUACCCCUGUCUUUAAUUUAUGCCCCUAAGUAUAAAAAAAAAUUUAUAAAAAAUUGCAUCAGUACAAAUAAUUCCAAAAUAGAGAAUAAAACCAUUUCAAGACAUGACUUGACACAUAUAAAAAAAAAAUAUAAAAUAAAAUACAAAGACAAAAAGUUAUAUUCCCUUAAUAUUUGUUUUAUUCACAAGCCACAUUUUAUUAGCAUGCAUAAUGUCUAUAUUCCAUACAUAGAAUUUGGCGAUGAUAUUACUAAACAUAAUAAUCGAAAAUUCAGAAAACAAAAUAAAAAAAAAUGCCACAUAAAAGGAUGUAAUAAAGGUGUAAAUAUGUUAAGAAUACCUAAUAAAAGGAUAAGUUUUAUCUUACAAAAAAGAAACAAAAAAGUUUUUUUUGGUUACUCUAAAUAUAGCUACAUGUUGUGUAAAAGUAUCGCACACGAAAUGAAUUGCUCUAUUUUGAAUAAUAUAAAAAAUAAUGGAAGAAGAAAAAAACAAAAUAUACUUCCAAAUCGUCAAAAUGGUACAUGUAUAAAAAAGGGCAAUCAGUUGUUACAAGAAACAGAAUUCACAAAAAAUAGACAAAUAAAUGAAAUUAUACAAAAAAUAACAAAAAUAUAUAGUAAGAAUUUUGUAAAUUUAAAAAAAGAUUUAGUAAAAAAGGAAAUAUACAAAAGAAAAUGGUAUUUGAAAAAAUGCUUGUUAAGAUUAAAAAAAGUAUAUCAUAUGAAAAAGGAAAAAUCGAAAAAAAAAAUUAUGAAUAGAUAUAAAUUAUUAAUUAAAAUAGGUGUAAAAUUGUUAAUUAACACCACAUUUUAUGCAUAUAUUAUUUAUUUAAACAAAAAAAAAACGUUUAAAAAAUUUUUAGGGGAAUAUGAUUUAAAAUUUACUGAUUUCUUUUUACCCUUUAAAGCGCCUACUAUAUAUUGGAAAAACAUUUUUGAAAAUAUAUGGAAUGGGAAAUUUGAAAAAAUGUAUAAAACUGCAAAAUAUUUUAAUAUUACAUCUGAUCAUGCUUUAGAUGUAGUAAAUAAAAAAUUAUAUCCUUUUUUAAUUAUGGACCAGCCUAAUAUAAAAAAUACUAAAAUUUACAAUAAGCCUAAAUAUCACAUGCAUGUAGAAAAAUCAUAUGCCCUUAAUGAUACCUACUAUGCUUAUAAUAAGAAAAAAACAAAUAGACAAAUAAAAAGAGAUAUAUUGGACGAAUUCUAUAUUGAUAACUAUUCCAUUAAUUCGUCUGACACAAAUUUUAAAUCAAAUAAAACCAAUAAACACCAUUUUAAAAAUAGUGAGGUUAAUACAAAACGACGAAAACAUAGAGGAAAAAAGCAAUUUAAUCUGUAUAAGCCCAUAUUAUUAUACAACACAUUUUAUCCUGGAUUAAAUCAUAUAUGCAAUAAGACUAUGGAAAAAGAAAAGGAAAUAGUUAACCCAGACAAAAAAUUAAAUAAUGUUAUUAAAAUUAAAAAUAAGAUGAAAAUACAUAAUAAUAUAUAUUCAUUGCUAAAAAAUAGGAAAAAAGAGUUUUUAAAUUUUUUAAUUAAUGAUAAUAAUGAAAUUAUUAUAAACAAAAAUAUUCAGAGAAAUGUGAAUAAAAGUGCCAAAGAAAAUACUAAUAAUAGAGCUAUUAAUAAAUUCGUUGGAAUAUUUUUACCUCCUAAGCAUCAUUUGCUAAUGGUUUUCCAAAUAUAUGGCAAAUCAACUAUUGUUAAAAUUCGCACAGAUAAUUUAAACGUUCUGAAUUAUUUGGACUCAUUUUUAGAUGAAUGUAAUUAUUAUACAUAUAUUCAAACAAAAGAUAAACAUAUGUCUAUUUGCAUAUGUGAAUGA